AUGGCUGAAAACACCAGGUAUCGUUCUCUGGAGGAACAGCUCAAGAAACAAGAAACUCGACUUCAGGAGGUAAUGGAGACCAUGGCCGCAGCUCAGACCUCCUGCCAGAAUAGCUUGCAGCAGAAACUUCAGGAGGAGCUUGGGCAGAACAACGCGAAGGUAGAGGCGAUGGUAGGCAACCUGGACCAGAGGUUCAGUAAGAUGGAAAUGAAACUCAAUGCGCUACUGAAGGUGAUGAUGAAAGAAAAAAGUAUGCCGGAGACAGAGGCAGGCUCAUCGGAACCACUCCUACCGACUCCUCCACCGCAUUUUAAGCUCAUGACGUCCACAGAGGUGCAUGGAGCUCAACCGGAGGUUACAGCUAAGAUUUUUACUCCCAGCUUGCCAAGACUUGAAAUGCCUAUGUUCGCAUCUGGUAAUCCUAGAGAAUGGUUGAGGAAAUGCCAUAAAUACUUUUUGAAUUAUCACAUACCUGAAAAUCAAAGGGUAGAUAUGGUAGAAAUAUUUUUAGAAGGGAGAGCUGAGAAUUGGUUCCAGGGAGUUAGACUGGAAAAAACUAGGUUGAAUUGGUCUGAAUUUUGCGAGCUGUUGUAUGAAAGGUUUGCAGGGAAGUGGUCACGUGAUGUGGUUGAGGAAUUCAACAAAUUACAACAAAAAGGGACAGUAAAAGAGUAUGAGGAGAAGUUUGAGGAAUUGAAAACGCUCAUGUUGAUCAGGAAUCCUAGGCUGGAUGAAGGUUAUUUUAUAUCCAGUUUCAUUAGUGGUUUAAAGGAUGAGAUUAAACCAAUGGUCAAAAUGUUCAAACCACAGACUCUAUCCAAAGCGUUUGAGGUUGCUGAAUUGCAGGAAUGCUCACUGGAAACCAUGUCCAAGCAACCUAAGACCUCAGGAAGGACUGCGGUUGAACCUAAGUAUGGGAUGUUUAGAAAUCACAGUAAUAGCCAAAACAAUUCCAGCUCCUAUAAACUUCCUGCUAUUGAUCCUACUAAUAGGAAGGUUGACACUAGAUCCAGAGAAGUGAGUAGGAUUUUGGCUGAGGAAAUGCAGUAUAGGCGUAAGCAUGGCCUAUGUUAUAGAUGUGGGGAUAAAUUUGGAGUUGGUCACCAGUGUAAGUCUGGGGGAUUGAACUGUGUAGGUAUAGAGGAAGAGGAUGAAGCUGAAUUCAAAGAUGCGGAAGGAGAACAAGAUGAGCUGACUGGGAGGGUAGGAGAAUUGGCUGAAGUGUCACUGAAUGCUCUAGCAGCAGCAAUACAGAGGAAAUCCAUUUUGCUACUAGGCAACUUAGGUGGAAUACCUGUCAAGAUCCUGGUGGACACUGGUAGUUCUGACAGCUUCAUACACUAUCAAUUGGUUAAGUCUCUUCAACUCCUUUAUCAAACAGUCAGACCUUUUACUGUAACUUUGGCAGAUGGCACUGACAUCACUAGUGGCACAAUUUGUCCAGGUGUUAGAUGUCCCAUCACUUUUGAUUUCCAUGCACUCAGUAUUGCUCUUAGUAGCAGGGGUGACUUAUUACAUCUCCAAGGCUUCAUUAACCAACUUGUGAUGAAACUAGUAAGAGGUAAAGAUCUUAGAACAUUUAUACAAGAAAAGCAAAGGAGCUGUGCCUCUCUACAAGUGGACCCCCAGGGCAAUCAAGAGGAGGAUAUUCCAAAACAAGUGGCCUCAGUCUUGCAACAGUACUCUCAGGUGUUUGAAACCCCUCAAGAACUGCCUCCUGAGAGGGAAUUAGAUCAUCAGAUUACCUUGAAGCCAGGAGCAGAGCCAUUUAAACUUAAACCUUACAGGUACCCCCACGCACAUAAAUCUGAGAUUGAAAAACAGGUGGUUGAAAUGCUUACAAAUGGGAUUGUUAAGCACAGUUGUAGUCCUUUUGCUUCUCCUGUGCUGUUGGUUAAGAAAAAAGACAAUACGUGGAGGCUAUGUGUGGAUUAUAGGAAGCUAAAUGAACUUACUGUCAAGGACAGGUUCCCUAUCCCAAACAUUGAUGAGCUGUUGAAUGAACUACAUGGGAUUAAGUAUAUGUCUAAACUAGACCUCAGAGCUCGAUAUCAUCAGCUGAGAGUCAAGACAGCAGACAUACCUAAGACUGCUUUCCAGACACACCAUGGCCAUUUUGAAUUUUUGGUGAUGCCAUUUGGCCUCACUAAUGCACCAGCCACUUUCCAAUCUUUGAUGAACAGAAUAUUUCAACCUUAUAUGAGGAAGUUCAUAUUGAUUUUCUUUGAUGACAUUCUGGUUUAUAGUCCUACACUGGAAGCACACGCACAACAUUUGAAGAUUGUGUUGAGCAUCUUAGCUGACAACCAGCUGUAUUGCAAAAAGUCUAAAUGUUCUUUUGCUCAAACUUCAGUGGAGUAUCUGUGA